AUGGGGGAGAACGUCGAGAUCUACCUGCGGCUGAAGCCCGUCAGGGCGCCGUCGCCGUGCGUCUCGAUCGACGUCAGCGAGAACCAGUGCGUGUUCGACAUCCCGCGAGACGACCUCGCCGGGUACGUGAACAAUCAGAGGGAAAAGUACGCGUUCCAGUUCAACGGCGUGCUCGCGCCGGACGCGCAACAGGACGAGGUCUUCGAGCGAUGCGCGGCGAAGGUGGUCACCGGCGCGCUCGAUGGGUUCAACGGCACCGUGUUCGCGUACGGGCAGACGGGAAGCGGGAAGACGUUCACGAUAACCGGCGGCGUCGAGCGGUACGCCGACCGCGGGAUCAUCCCGCGGGCCAUCUCGCGACUGUACGCGGACAUCGCGAAGAAGACGGACGGGAAGUACGAGGUGCACGUGUCGUACAUGGAAAUUUACCAAGACCAAGGCUACGACUUGCUCGACCCGGAGCACGACACGAAAGCGCUCGAGGACUUGCCGCGGGUCAGCGUGCGAGAGGACGACGCCGGGGACUUUCACCUGCAGAAUCUGAGCACGCAUCGUUGCGAAUCCGAGGAGGACGCGCUGAACUUGCUCUUCUUGGGCGACACGAACCGCGCCAUCACGGAGACGCCGAUGAACAUGGCGUCCACGCGGUCGCACUGCAUAUUCACGAUGCAAGUCGAGCGGAGAGAGGUGGGGAGCGAGAUCGUCAGACGCGCGAAGGUGAACCUCGUCGAUCUCGCGGGGUCGGAGCGCGUGAAGAAAACCGACGUCAGCGGGAAGACGCUCGCGGAGGCGAAAUACAUUAACCUCUCGUUGCACUACCUCGAGGCUGUCGUCAUCGCGUUACAGGAACGCGCGAUGGGCGGAGGGAGGGGGCACAUACCGUACAGGAACGGUCUGAUGACGAUGAUGUUGAAGGACUCGCUCGGGGGGAAUUGCAAAACCGUGAUGUUGGCGACGGCGUCGCCGGAUCACGACAGCGUCGACGAGAGCAUCAGCACGUGUCGAUUCGCGCAGAGGAUCGCGAUGGUCGCGAACGUGGUGACGAUAAACGAGGACAUCGAUCCCGCGUUAGUCAUCAAACGCCUGAAGCGCGAGAACCAGGAGUUGCGAGAUGAAAUCAAGCUCCUGUCCGGCGUCAACGACGACCGCGGAGCGCUGACGGAAUCCGAAAUCGAACGGCUGCGCUCGAGGGUGAAGGCCUACGUCGACGGCGGCGGCGCGGACGAGGGCGAGGGAUUGGCCGCGGACAUCGGCGCGUCGAUGAUGAAGAUCAAAGCGAGCUACGAGAUAUUCAGAGAGAUGGUGUUAAGACGCGGCGGCGGCGGCGGCGUCGCCGGCGUCGCCGCCGGCGGCGGCGAGGCGUCGACGUCGCCGCGGUCGCCGCCGUCGCCCGUCGUGGAACCCCCCGGGGCGUUCGACGACUUGCGCGAGGAACUGCGGCUGAUGCGCGAGCGCGUGAGACAGCGCGACGCGGAGAUCAACGUCCUCGUCGGGAUGCUGCAGCGCGGGGAAGGCGGCACGCGCGGCGGAUACAGAGCCACCGCGGCGGUGCCUCUCGUGGACGCGUCGAACCCGUCGUCGACGCUGCGCGCCAUCGUCGGCGAAAACGAAAACGGAAACGAAAACGACGCGGCGUCAGCGCUCCCUCCCGCGGACGUGCUCGCCGACCGCGACCGCGCGUUCGAGCACUUCAAGCGCGCGUACGCGCAGAACGCGGGCGUGGAGCGGGACAAGUCGACGCUGCGAGAGUUGUACGCGAAAGCGAAGACGCUCGGGGAGCGCGUCAACGCGGCGAGGGAUGAGAUCAACGCGCAAAAGAGCAAGAUUGAAAAGCGACGCGUCGCGCGCGCGCUGAAGACGCUGUCCGACGCGGACUUCGACCCGGAGUGCGACGCCGUGGACCAGGCCGAGGAGCGCGCGAAGGCGACGAUCGAGGAGAGCAAGUGCGAGUACAGGACCGCGUUCGACGAGCUCCGAGACGUGAAGAAAGAGAUCGACCGUCUGCAGCUCGCGUUGGACCAGUCGCGGAGGCGUCUGACGACGGAUUUCGAGAAGUGGCUCGUCAUGGCGCUCGGGCAGCAAAACGGCGACGGCGGGCCGGAGGAGACGAUCCUCACCCCGGGCGCGGCGAGGAUCUUGGGGCAGACCGUGGUCCGACCGCCCGGGAGCGCCGGCCCGGUCGCGCGGUACCGGCCGUUGUCCGCGGCGGAGGCUGAGGCGGCUGACGCGGCUGAGGCGGCGGCGGGCGCGGCGGCGCCGACCCCGGCGGCGAAGACGUCUGCGGCGACGCCGGCCCCGGUCGCGAAAGCGCAGACUCGCGAGCCGAUGACGGAGCUGCCGAUGACCGGGAACGCGCAGGUGGACGCGGACAUCGCCAAGUUUUUCGCCGCGAAGAACUUGCUCAUGAAGAGGGCGGAGAAGGCGUAG